AUGGCCACCUUCCCAAGAGCAGCCAGCCCGUCCAGGCAGCCCCCAGGCCCAGAGGAUGAAGAUGCCAUCCUAGAUGAGUACGACCUCUACAGCCUGGCUCAUUCUUACCCGGGAGUGGGAGGCCGGAAAGGUCGCAGCAAGAGAGAAGCCGCCAUCAACACCAACCGCCACAGCCCUGGUGGGCACGAGAGGAAGCUGGUGACCAAGCUUCAGAACACGGAGCGGAAAAAGCGAGGGGCACGGCCCUGA